AUGUACGCGCAGGCCCACCUGGCGCAGGUCCACCUGGCGCAAACUAGGCCGGGUCGUGCAUAUUUGGGGGGAAAAAUGAAUGAGCGUACUCCGGUGUCAGAGUCGGGGAAUCCUGAUGAGGGCCACCGUGACAAGGAGGAGGCGGAGUCAGAAUCUGAGGUUUCAGGAGCGAUGGACGAAGAAGAGGAAGAUAGCGGGCGGAUGUUUGAGUACAGUUGGACGUGCGAGGCCACAGACAACGCAGGCGUGUAUUCGAUUGACUCGCCGGCGCCGGGCUUGAUCUUGGCGGGCGGUGGAGACGAGGUAUUGUACGUGUUAGCUCUGUCGCAGGAAACGAAUUUGGAUGAGGGGGGGAUGUUGCACGGCGUCAUCUCCGAAGUCGCCAGCGGACUGUCCAAGGUGCACACGGACUCAGUGAACAAAAUUACGCUUACGAGUGACGGCAAAUACGCGGCAGCCUCAGGUCUGGACGGCAAGGUCUCAAUCUACAGUCUGGAACAGCCAUUGGGAAUACAGCAGCCAUCGGGAAUACAGCCGCCGACGGAAAUACAGCCGCCGACGGGAAUACAGACGCCAUUGGGAAUACAGACACCAACGGGAAUACAGACGCCAACGGGAAUACAGACACCAACGAGUAUACAGCCGUCGAUGUCGCCGGUGAGGCUGGUGAAUACGUUGGAGGGCAGUAGCGAGAUAGAGGAUAUUUGUUUCGCACCGGGCUCGUUGGCAUUGUUAGGUGCCUGUUCGGACGGGACGUGUUACGUGUGGCACGCGCUCAAGGGGUUCGUGGCGUGUUUUACGGGGCAUAAAGGACGUGUGAGUUGCGCGCGCUUCGUGUCUGCCGGUGAGCGCAAGUUCCAUUGCCUGACUGCGGGUGCGGACGGUUUCCUGUAUGUUUGGGAGCCGACGAGUGCAGAGUGUUUGGCACGCAUUAAAGUUUGCCAUGUGGACCCGGAGGAACUGAACGCGCAGCACGAAGGCGAACCCGCCGCCUGCGGUGUCCUAGCUUUGGACGUGCGCGAAGAACAACGUGUCGCACUCUGUGGCUGCGUCUCAGGCCAAGUCGUCGUCGUCAACUACGACGCAGGGACGGUAGUCAAGAAACUCAAGGCCCGUUCCGCCGUGGAGACUGUGCGCUUCUCACCGCCCUCCACCCAACAGUUCUUCGGGGGUGCCAUCUAUCUCGCCGCCGGCGAUUCCGAAGGCCAUAUCUACCUCGCCAACCUUUCCAUGAACGACUGGAGCCACAUACUCAACACCAACGGACCUCUCACGCAACUCGCUUGGACAGACCGAACAACUGAUGUCAAGCUCGUUGCUGCCAGCAGUGAGGACUGUAUCCGCAUGGUCGAAUGCCGAAGUGGUGAAGUCACCGACUCACUCUUCACCCAAAGGUCAGUCAUCUGCGACCUCCGACUCUUCCCCUGGGCAGAUAUCACCUGCGUCGCAGCCGCCACCGAAGAAGGUCAAGUGCUCCUCUGGCAGCUCGACUAA